GAAUCUCCAAAAUGCUGCAGGUCUUCAACCUCCUUGUUCAGAAGAGAGAGCUUUGCCUCCAUGUUCAUCAGAGUGCUCCUUAGCUCCUUCUCUUUCUCUGCAUACUGUGAGACGAGCUUCUCUUUCUGCAUCUGGACUUGAGACAGAUCGAUGCGAUUCUGGUCAUUGAGUGUUAUCACUAGAUUCUGGCACUUCUGGCCGUGUUUCUCUAUGUAAGACAGGAUCCCCAGGUAGCUGCUUGGAUGGCUGCUCCUGGUUUUCUGGACAGCAUCUGCUGACAAGCAAACUGCGAUCUCUGAGGAGAGGUGGUGUUUAGCCGUCGGUGUCCAUGGUGAUGAAACAUGUGAUGUCACAAAGGAAGCUCUGCUGCCAGAUUCCCAGACCCAUUCCUUGUCUCCUUGUGCUGCUCAUGGAGGAGGAGGUAGAAAUGUCAGGAGUGAAGUGAAGCCUGGAAAGGGGGAGCUUUUACUGCGAUCAGAAUCAGAGAACAACCAGCUUGGAUUUGCUACUCACAAGUAAAGAAAUCACUAGGAAAGCAAUGGACAUCUGAACACUUGGAAACACUGAAGCUGAAAUUAUAACCACUGAUGUUGCUUGGGAGCACUCACUUUAAGACUGUACAAAAUUGGGUUAAUGAAACUAAAAUGAAGGUUUGUUGGAUUUGAACAGUACAAGCCAAGGGAAACAUGAGACUCUCCCUGUAUGGAGUAGCCUCUACUAAUUGGAAUUGUGAUCAUCAUACGUGGCCACAAUUUUGGAAAAGAAAGAGGCAAUGUUGUGUGACCUGCUGCUCUGCUCAGUCAAAGCUUGGAGGAUCUCUGAGGAGACGCCCCUCUCAGCUUAAAACCUGAAGCCUUUGCAGGACAUGGAACCAGUCCACCGUGUCCCUAGUGUCCCCAGGGCCUUUGGGAAGAGCAGAAAAAGGAUACUUGUGCUCAAAGGACAGCUGCCCAGGCAUGCAGAGCGGUAGGAACCGUUGCCCUUUGGUUCUUCCACUGAAGCCUUAUUGCUUCCAAGAAAGUCCAUGGGCAGAGCCCCGAGCUGUGGAGAUCCCUGAGAAACCUGCCCUUGGAGCUGCCCACAAACACUCUCCCAGCCCUGACCCGCCAUUCCUCCGCUGCCUGGGAGUUGUUUCUGGGCUGUGGAGGACUGAGGUGCCAGCCCAGGGAGCUCCUGGGCUGGGCAGAGGUGGGGCCUUUGUGAGGGGGAAACGGGGCCCCACAGAACGUGGCAGCGUGUCACAAAGCCCUUGGGUCUGCGCUAUGAUGUAGGUGCUGGCGCUGCCAUGGCCACCACACAGUGCCCGGAGGAGGCGCCGGGACAGGAUGGGACAGAGUGUGGCUGCCAGGAGCCCUCUGCAGACACCUCGUUCCAAACUCACCUGUGUCUGAGGCGCUUUCCCCAGUGUCUCCCAUCCCUGUGGCAGCAGCCCUCGAGGCCAGGCCUCAGCGGGAUGGAGAAGAGACCCCCCAAAGUGCCCAGGAUAGCCUGGGAGGAAAAGAAGGAACGCCCUGGGGCUGCUGCAGCAUGGCAGCCGCACUCGAGGCCAGGCCUCAGCAGGAUGGAGAAGAGACGCCCCAAAAUGCCCAGGAUAGCCUGGGAGGAAGAGAAGGAACACCCUUGGGCUGCUGCAGCAUGGCAGCCACCCUCGAAGCCCAGCCUCAGCAGGAUGGAGAAGAGACUCCCCAAAAUGCCCAGGAUAGCCUGGGAGGAAGAGAAGGAACACCCUGGGGCUGCUGCAGCAUGGCAGCCACCCUCGAGGCCCGGCCUCAGUGGGAUGGAGAAGAGACCCCCCAAAGUGCCCAGGAUAGCCUGGGAGGAAAAGAAGGAACACCCUGGGGCUGCUGCAGCAUGGCAGCCCAAUGAGGUAGAGGAGGUGCAGCCCCUGCAGGCGGACUGGAACCUGCUAGAAGAGGAGCAGCCAAGUAAUGUGUCUUCCGAGCAUGUGCUGGACAAGAGCCUUUCGGAACUGGCCCUCGGGGACCCCCAUGAUGCGGUGGUGACCCUCCUGCACCGGGCCCCGUUGUGUGACAGAGAGGCUGCGGCCAUCUGGAGGCAGAUGGUCUCCACGAGCAGGAGACCAGAGAAGGUGCUGCGGGAGCUGCUCCGUGUGCUGGAGGACUGGCCCCUGCACCGCACGUCCACCUCUGACGGCGACAGCAUCCACAUCUGUGCCCUGGCCGCAACCAGAGCCCUGCAGGAGAUCAGCCGGAUGCCCCAGCUCCCACUGUGCUUCCCACUGUUUUUCCCCGACUUCUUCCUGACUCUGCUCUUCCAAGUUUUCUGCAGCAUGGAGGAGCUGCCCGAGGAGGUCCAUGCCUUGUGGCGGGGAUUCCAGCAGGAAGGCCGCUUUCCCACCACUCCCAGCAGGUUUGCGAUGCAGACCCUGAAAAUCCUGCUCUGCCGCCUGGGCCUUGAGGAUGUGGUGCUUGAAGCCCAGCGCAAGUGUGUCUGGGACACACUGCUCUACCCUGAGACCCGGCACUGUGCCAUGAGGAUACUGGCCAGAGAGAUGCGCAGAUUGUCAAAGCACUCACGUACCCAAAUGAAUUACUGGCUGGUGGAGCUGCUCAGCAGGAAGGAGUUGUGCUGGGAGGUCCCUGCCAUGGCGUUCCUGGCUGAGCUCAUGGUCCCCCCUGACCUGAGGGUAUUAGAAAACGGUUUCCUGCAGCUGGCACUGAGGUACCUGCAGAGCGAGAGCAGCGUGAUGUGGCGCAUGGUGCUCAGAGGCCUCGUCACCCUCAGCAACAGGCCCUCGAUGGCUGAAAGGAUGGGGAUCCUGCAGACAAGGCUCAUGAAUCUACUGGGGGAUGUAGACAGCGACGUGCUCAGGAUGACCCUCUUCUUACUCAGAAAGAUGCUCCAGGAGGCCAGCAGCCCACUUUGCCACACCAUUGCUCUGGAGCUGGCUGAGAGGCUCCAGCCACUCUUUGAGCACGACAACAGCCACGUGCAGCUGCUCUCCCUUCAACUCUUCCAUCACACGAUAGAAGUUGUCAAGAAAAAGGGAGGAAAGCAGCUGAAGGCUCAAGUGAAGCAGAGCAUGAUCCAACUGCUCUGUCUCCUGCACAGUGAGAACCAGGAGGUGGCAGAGGCCUCUCGGGUAACCCUGCUGCGAGCUGCCACCUUCCUGAAGAAGAGGAGGCUCAGCCAGGUGCUGGAGAGGCGGAACACAUGGGGAGCGGGCGAGUGCCUGCUCUCAGAGUGCAGCAGCAAACAAGCCAGCCAGUACAUGCAACAGGCCAUGUGCUGCCUCCAGAGCCAACAGCAGCCCACGCAAGAGGCGGCCAUCAGGUUCCUGGGGCUCAUUGGGAGGCACCUGAGGAGUCAGCAUGAAGAAGUCCAAGUCAUCCAUCAUGCUCUGUUCCAGCCCUUCAAAACAUGCCAGAUGACAUCAGCUCCUCAGUCUCAAACCUGGCUCCAGCACGGCCUGUGCCAUGGCCCCUCCUCACACAGUCUCUGCCCGGCCGGACGCCCUCACACGGAGCUGCUGGUGGCUCUCAGCCCUGCCAUGGCCCUGCAGGGCUUGCAGGGGCACAGCUGCCUUCUCACCACGGCUUGCAGAGGGAUCUCUGGCCUGGUGCUCCUCCUCCCUUCCUCCUCCUCUGACUGUGGGGUCCGUGUGGUCGCCUCCAUCUUGUCCCACUCUUACACCUCCUGACAGAACUUCAAAUUCCUGUCCCUAAAUAGUGCUGACAGAGGUGCCAGAUUGGCCCAGCCGGGCCAGAGGUGGGUCUGAACCCAAGAGCCGGGGAAGACUCUUUACUGGGUCUUCACUGGCAUCAGUCACAUGCUGUGUGGAGGAGCCCCUCCCUUUGAACAUCCAGCCCAGCACCGGCAGUCGGGGUGCUAAGAGGAGUUGUACUGUGUCCCAAUCACUUCUGAGGCAGCUCGGGCUCCAUAUGCUGCCAAUAUCUUCUCAGUUGGAGUAUAUCAGGCCUCAGAUCCUUUUCCUUUGUAUCCCCAACUCCAGAACCGGAGGGGUCGUCCUCGAGUCUCACCAGCUCCUUUUAGCCAGAGGCUCUGGGUAAGGCCAUUCUCUCCUGCUGCAGUGUAAAGCCCAUUUUUCACAUCUGGUCCUGGUCAAACUGGCCCAAGGGCAACUACCUGAGCAAUUUCUUGUUUUGUCUAUUGAAAGCUUUGCUGUUGUUCAAGUUGUUUUUCUUCUGGGUGACUUGAGAGGAUUUACAAUCAUACUGUAGUUGGGAAUAUGCAUCCUCCAAAACCCCACAGUGCCUAAGAAAGCCCGGAUUUCUUCCUUACUGGCCGGUGGAGACUUUGCAGUAAUCUUGUUGACAAAAUCCAUGGGGAUAUGCCGACGACCAUCUUGCCAUGUUAUUCCUAGGAACUGGACCUCUUGUGCAGGCCCUUUGCUACGUUUGAUGACAGAGGCGCCAUUCAGUAGGAUUUUAACAGAUAGUUUCAAAACCUUUUUGCUGAAUUGCCCCACACAAUGAUGUCAUUGAUAUACCUGAGGUGUUCUGGGGCCUCACCCUUUUCCAGCGUAGCCUGGAUCAGUCCACGGCAAAUGGUAGGGCUGUGCUUCCGCCCCUGGGGCGAUCGACUCCAAGUGUACCGAAUGCAUUUCCAGGUGAAGGCAAACUGGGGCCUGCACCCGGCUGCCAAUGGGAUUGAAAAGAAUGCGUUAGCAACGUCGAUGGCAGCGUUCCAUCGGGCUGCCUUGGACUCCAGUUCACUCCAGCGUGUCCGGCACAGCGACACUCAGCGGCAGCAUGACCUCACUCAGGCCACGAUAGCCCACUGCCAGCCUUUUGUACUGGCCAUAUGGGGCUGUUAAAGGAGGAUCGAGUCCUGCUGAUCACCCCUUGGCUCUCCAAUUGACGGAUCAGUUUGUAGAUGGGAAUCGGAGUCACGGUUAGUCCGAUAUUGCCGCCAGUGCACUGUCGUGGUUGCGACUGGCACUUGUUGGUCUUCAACCCUCAGCAACCCCACAGCAGAAGGGUCCUCUGAGAGGCCAGGCAGGCUGGACAGCUGUUCAGUAUCUUCUGUCUCCAAGGCAGCCACACCAAAAGCCCACCGAUACCCUUUUGGGUCCCCUCUUCACAUCAUCUCUUCCCAGGAUGCACGGAGCUUCUGGGCCUGUCACAACGAGGUGCUUCUGCCAAUCAUCUCCCGUCAGACUCGCUUCUGCUUCCAACACAGUGAGCUGCUGGGAUCCUCCUGUCACUUCGAAAAUAGAAAUUGGUUUGUCUCCUCUAUAACUUGAAGGGAACAACGUGCAUUGAGCUCCAGUGUCCACGAGAGCCUUCCCCAUCCCAUGGGAAGCCUGUGUCUUUCUGCCAGAUGCCUCUGAUUUGGCCUC